UCGGUUUCCUCAACGAGCCAACCAACCAAAGCAACACUCAAACUGUUAUGUGUGUGUGUGUGCGUGUGCGUGUGUGUGAGUGAGGGGGGGACAAAAAAAAAAAAAACUGCGAGCGAGCCGGAGUGUGUGUGUUCCAGCCCUCGAACCGACCAGCUUCCCCCGCUUGCGUCGACUCGGGACGUCGCUGCCUCGUUUCGGUGUGCUUUCAGGCGCAGGAGACUGUGAAGACAAGCCCCGAGUGCUAACCCACUGAAGGGUGUUUUUAACACCCCACCGUGGCUUGUCGAAGGUGGGGAAUACAAAGCGACGUGUUGCCUGGACGCCCUUUUUUCCGAACAUUUUGGACUCGCUUAAGCUUAAAGGGCGAUUUCUUUCACGUCUGUUGGUGUUGCUGGGACUGCACGACGCUUGUACAUGGAUUAUCUGUGUUUCCGGGCACUGUGCUGUAAAGGACCACCACCGCCAAGACCAGAGUAUGAUGUGGUGUGCAUUGGCCUGACAGGUGCUGGAAAGACGAGCCUGCUCUCACGCCUCUGUAGUGAAGGCAGUGACGGAAUCGUUCCCACUACAGGUUUUAGCAUCAAAGCAGUGCCAUUUCCUAAUGCCAUCUUGAAUGUAAAAGAACUUGGAGGAGCUGACAACAUCAAGAAAUAUUGGUGCCGCUACUACCAGGGGUCGCAGGGUGUCGUCUUCGUAUUGGACAGCGCUUCAUCAGACGAGGACCUUGAGGCGGCGCGUAAUGAGCUGCACUCGGCCCUGCAGCACCCUCAGCUUUGUACGCUGCCUUUCCUCAUUCUCGCCAAUCACCAGGACAAGCCCGCUGCAAGGACGCCAAACCAGAUCAAGAAAUACUUCGAGCUGGAGCCAUUGGCCCGAGGCAAGCGGUGGAUCCUGGACGGCAGCAGCACAGACCAUGUGGACGCCGUGAAGGAAAGCUUUGCUCAGUUCAUCGGCCUGCUGGAAGACAAAGACACGCCGAUCGCCAGGAUAUGAUGGCGCAAGGUAGCGCCAAGAGACACGAACAGCAGACGACGUCAUCGAAAUGUCCCGCUGGUGCGCGCACACCGACGAAUACACGCCCCCCUUUCUUCAGAACUACCUUCCAGGGGCCUUCGGAACCACGUAGAACCUCGUUGUUGUGAAGCUACUCCUGCACCGUGUGAUGAGGUUGGCUUUGUUAUCUCUCGCUGCACUCUUGUUGACACACACACACAAAGUGGAGCCCAGGUUACCUGUAGAUAAGUUUAACUCUUCCACUAAUUACUUUUCAGGAUGUUCGAGUGGGAACCAUUGAUGUGGUUUCCACUGUACAUGUGUCAAGUGUGUCGUGUACAGCGGUUACAUAUCGGCGUGUCAGUGUGUGACACCGCAUCUAGCCUGAGCCUUGUAGCGCUAUCUCAUGGAGUCUGCUGUACAGUUACCACGUAACCGGCACACCGUACACAGUACUGCUACUAAUCAUGUGACUGUGCGAGUGCGCCAAUACGUUUUCAGUGCUUUUAGCGAUGUGCAGCAUAUGGCGCUUUAUGUAUGUAAUAAUUGUUUUUUAAUGCAUAUCACACCACGCAUAAUUUGGGAACUCUUCUCCUCGAGCCAAUGACUAAUACGAGUACUAGGGGCACACUGAAAGGAAACAAAUAUCCCCCAAAAAUACCAGAAUGAAGCUGGACUUUUAUGAUGGUAAAGUAAAAACAGUUACAAGGAAAAUAAUAGUAAUUUUAUCAUAAAAAAUUAUCAAUUCACAAGAAUAAAGUUGUAUCAAGUUGUAAUAGUAUGAGAAUGUCGUUCUACUGAAAAACGUCAGAAUGAAUGGAAUGAACAGCAUAAACUCUGUACAACCCAAGAUAAAAAUUAAACAGUCGUAAUUUUAUGAGUUGAGCGUCUUCAUUUAGCAAAAAUGAUGUUGUAAUAUCACAGGGAAAAGUUGUAAUAUUACAAGGAAAAAAAUCAUUUAAUGGGAAUAAUGUAUUAAGAUUGGGCAAAAUGUUGCAAUUUUACAACCAUGAAUUUGCAAUAUUAUGAGCAUAAACACGUAACGAGGAAACGCUCCUACAGUAAUUUUGUACCAAUACAGGGAAAGUGAGGUCAUCAUUUUUUUGAGGACUUUGUUACAUGAAAAUGGGGAAAAAGACACAAGCAUAAUGUUGUAAUGUGAUUAAGAUGAGAAGAAAAAUAGUCUUAAUUUUACAAGCAUAAAGCUGUUACAUUUUAUGAGAAAAAGUCAUCAUUUUUCAAGUUGCAAUUUUACAAGCAUGAAUUAGCACUAUUACGAGAAUAAAUCUUUAAUAUUAUGUCAAUAAAGUAGUAAUUAUGAGGAAAACAUUCUAAUUUUGCACACACAAAAAUUGCUUUAGCAAAACGGGUGAAACAUUAUACAAAAUAUGAAAUAUUACAAGAAAAAAAUAUUAUUACAUUGUACAAUUCCAAUUAAGUUGGGACGUUGUGUUAAACAUAAAUAAAAACAAAAUACAAUGAUUUGCAAAUCAUGUUCAACCUAUAUUUCAUUGAAUACACUACAAAGACAAGAUAUUUACUGUUCAAACUGAUAAACUGUAUUGUUUUUAGCAAAUAAUCAUUAACUUAGAAUUUUAUGACUGCAACACAUUCCAAAAAAGCUGGGACAGGGUCAUGUGUUCCAUCACCUUUUCUUUUAACAACAUUCAAUAAACGUUUGGGAACUGAGGACACUAAUUGUUGAAGCUUUGUAGGUGCAAUUCGUUCCCAUUCUUGCUUGAUGUACAGCUUCAGCCGUUCAACAGUCCGAGGUCUCCGUUGUCGUACUUUACGCUUCAUAAUGUGUCACACAUUUUCAAUGGGAGACAGGUCUGGACUGCAGGCAGCCCAGUCUAGUACCCGCACUCUUUUGCUACGAAGCCACGCAGUUGUAACAGGAGCAGAAUGUGGUUUGGCAAUGUCUUGCUGAAAUAAGCAGGGGCGUUAAUGAAAAAUACAUUGCUUGGAUGGCAGCAUAAGUUUCUCCAAAACUUAUAGUAUGUACCUUUCAACAUUAAUGGUGCCUUCACAGAGUUACCCAUCCCAUUGGCACUAAAACAAAAUCAUUGUUUUAUGCAAAUAAAGUUGUAAUAUCCCAAGGAAAAGGUUUUAGGAGAGACAAGUCAAAAAAAGUCAGGGUUACAAGAAUACGUAAAAAUACGUAAAGAUUGCUAGAAAUGUUUUUUCCCCCCGAUAUAUUUCUCAAUGCACAUAAUAUUGCAACAUUUUCCCCUACAAAAAUCGGACUUGAAUCUGUUAUUGUUUUUAUGACUAUUUUCUUUUCUUCUCAGUGUGCCUGUCCCACUCACGUAUGAAGUCGCACAGAUUGGAUGUAUUGACAAAUGUGCUUGAUGUGUUUCACGUCAGUGUUUACGCCUCCAGGGUCACUCGUUGUUUUUUGUUGUUGUUAAUUUGUCCUAAUCUGCGUGGACUCGCGCUGCCCGCACGCAGGCUGCUGCCAUCGCGGCCCAAUACAAAGUCAGUCAAUCAGCUGCAGCAACAGCUGCAUGUGACAAGUCCCUGUCUGACACCCUAAUGCCUUCCAACUGUCUGUGAAGACCCCCCUCUGGCCCAGACCGGCCUAAACCCCCACACAUCUUCACACACACACACACACGCCCAAGUGUAUUUGGGUUCUUUUUUUCCUCUCUGCUCUUGACGUCAUCUACCUGGCAUCCAGUCUGCAAAAUUGAACAAACAACAGGACAACUUUCACUCUUUGCUCUUGUCUUGUUUCAUCUUUACUUUUUGAAUCCUGACUCUUUUUUCGGUUUGUCUACAUCUAUUAAAUUGGUAAAAAUCUAAAUUAUUGUCUCGGCUGUAUCUUUACAAUUUGUGGAACACAACAACAACAGAAAACUACUACAAAUAAAACCCAAGAAGAUCAUCAUAAUUUGUUAUAAACAAACAAUACUUCUAAUAAUAAUAAUGAACAACAUGAUAUAUGAGACAUUGAGUAUCUCGCUAAAAGGGAGUAGGCCUACGCCGCCUUACAUUUUGGUAAAUAUAUCUUUUCAUGGGACAACACUGAAAACAUGACACGUUGCUACAAUUUAGUCACUAUACAGCUUGUAUAACACUGUACAUUUGCUGUCCCCUCAAAAUAUUGUAACUUAAAACACAACCAUUAUUGUCUAAACCGCUGGCAACAAAAGUGAGUACACCCCUAAGUGAAAAUUUCCAAAUUGGGCCCAGUUAGCCAGUUUCCCUCCUCGCUGUCAUGUGACUCAUUAGUGUCAUAAGGUCUCAGGCGUGAAUGGGGAGCAGGUGUGUUAAAUUUGCUGUUAUUACUCUCGUACUGGUCACUGGAAGUUCAACAUGACACUUCACACAAUGAAACAAUAUCAGUAGAGAAGAAGGCUAAAAUGAUCAUUGAAGCCGUUCCCCCUGUUUUCUCAAUCGCUCUGCCUUGGUCAAAUGACAGGGAAGGGUUUGUUCACGAGUGCUGCAAUCAGUUUUUGCUAUUCGGAAGUACAGUACGUGUGACGUCAUGGUGAGAAGGUCUUGUAAAUUGGCACGGAGAAUUAUUUUGUAGUGAACAUUGCCUGAAUUGAAUAACAUUUAUAAUUAAAGUAUCACAGUGGGGUGGAGAACUCAACUCACAAAACAUGUUCAAAAAAUGCGCACCAACAUUUUUUUAAAAAUUGACCAUUUAGUUUACAUUUGUGUUAGGUUUUCAACAAAAACAAAUACCAAACCAUCAUAUAAUUUGAUUCGUCCAGCCCAACCAUUAACAGUAUACUUUUUAUGAGAUACUUGUCAUAUCUUAUAUUUUGCUGUUUGGUACAACCCUGUUACAGAUACUCAAGCACCUGGAAAAACGUUACAAAAAUAUUGCUGAUUGUAUUUUAAGACAUUUAAUGUUACUAUAACUCUAAUUACAGUAACAGGGUUACAACUCAAUGCUUGUAAAGUUUUUGCUCGAGUACAUGCUAGCUUUGCUAGCUGCUAUGCUAAUUGGUCAUGAACAAACUAAAAAAAAAAAAAACCUGAGAUCUACCCAUGGUUAGCAAUUAGCUUGAUAAUGUCAUUUCUGCCGAGUCAUGCAGCUCACUUUUUUUUCUCUUCCUCUGGACGGUUCAAAAGCUUUUAGUAACAGGGUUGUGUAUGUUGAGAGACAGAUUUAGAGCAUAACUACUAUUUAAAAGACAACUGAUAAAAACAAAAUAUGUUAACAACUAAAAGAAAGACAACAAAAUCUUGCAAAAAAAAAACAGUUUUAAAACGUAUUUCAUCUGUUACAUUUGAUGUAAGUUGGUCAUCAAGAGAGAGGGACAAGAGAAGCCAUUUUAGGGGCUGCUCGAGAGCUAUUUUGGUAUUUUCAAUAACACUCGUCAACAGUAAAUUUAUUGUCCAAGUUUAUUUAGCUGAUUUAGGACAAUUUUGAUGUGCUGAAUCCAAAUACCACAUUGGGUCAACAUUUUGGACUACAGCCACAUGCUUUUUUUUUGUUUUUGUUUUUUGUUUACAUGUACAGGUAUUUUCACUUUAGAGGUUUAAAUAAACGGAGGUUCAUGCCCUGAAUUUUGAACAAUGAUGAUGUAACAUUCAAUUUACAGGUACUUUUUUGUCUGCGAUACAUUGUUGAAUGAGCAGAGUUUGUAACAUUUGAUUAAUGAACAUAAUUUGUAACAUUUGAUGAAUAAACACUUUGCAUGAAAACCUGACAUGAACAAUAGAAUUGGAUGUCAUUUUCAGAUUCAGUGAUGCAAAAUUGUCCUAAAUCAAUUUACAAACAAACAAACAAUUGUAACCCAGUGUAAUAUUUCAGAAUUAACUUUAUUCCAGCUAUAGUUGCAUUUUGUUUCAGGAAAAUUAUAAUUUACACAACAGGUACAUGGGCAGGUACAUAAAAUGUCCUCUAUUUGCAGAAUGACCCAAAUAAAAAAUAAAUAAAUAAAUGUCCCCUGAAUAUAAUAAAUCCCUCGGACUGGGCAAAGUCCUCUGAAGUGUAAAGCUAAAGUGCAAACGGUCAGGGAAGUGAGAGAGGUGCUGCUGGUGAUCUACUUUGUGAG